AUGGACUGCUCGAUGACCCGGCCGUCAUCGACUUCGCGGUUCCCCUUCUUCCCCUUUUCGCUGUGGUCCUCCAAGCGACCGCAGCAAUCCACUGCGGCGACACAGACUGCGGCGCAGACCUCGCCACGCAUCAUGGCACAAUCAUCCCAGACACAGAUUCAGGCUCCUGCCCGAUCAGAGCCCGAAACACAAUCACAACGACAGCCCGAGAGUUUGCCUCGGACUCCGGUCCCUCCUCAGCCGACAGCAGAGGAACUGGCUGAGCGCGACCGUCAAAAUCGUGAGACGGCCCGUGAAGAGGCAGUCCAGGAGCUGGACAGUCUGGUCGGCCACGACAACGUCAAACGCCAGCUGCACGGCGUCCAGACCUGGGUGCAGAUUUGCCGUCGUCAUGGACGCGACCCGAAGAGCGAGUGGUACAACAUCGCCUUCCUGGGGAAUCCCGGCACAGGCAAGACCACCGUCGCCCGCAUCUAUGCCAAGAUGCUGUACGCCAUGGGUAUCUGUGAUUCCCAUACCGUCUGUGAGACCACUGGCGCCGAUCUGGCCAGCCGGGGUCCCGACGGAGUGCAGCAACUGCUGCGCAACAUGACGGACGCCAAAGCUCCGGUGCAAACAUCCGGAGUGCUCAUCGUCGACCAUCCCCACACCCUGAUGGACGCGCCCCAGACCCCGGCCACCGAGCAGGCUCUCGAGGAUAUCCGGCACGCGAUGGAGCGCAACAUCGGUCGCAUCAUUGUCAUCUUCACUGGCGACGCCGACGAGAUGAAUAGCUUCUUGCGCGAGAACCCCGCCCUCCAGCAACGGAUUUGCAGCUCGCUGCGAUUCAACGACUUUGACCGCCAGCAGUUGACGCAGCUGCUGGCCCGCCGCAUUAUCACCGAAUAUAACGCUCGCCGGCUGGUCCGGGGGCGUGCCGCCAAGGGGUUCACCAACGCCCAUGCCGUGCGCGAGAUGGUCAAGAGCAUUGCUCAGCGUCAGGCCCAGUGCUUGACCGACCAGCAGGAUAGCGGCAUGGACGAGGUGGACUACUUUUUCUUUUCCAAGGACGACGUUCUCGGCCCCAGCCCGGCGGAGACCCGGUCGACCAGCGAAGCCUGGGAAGCCAUGCAGAAGCUGAUCGGUCAGGACGCCGUCAAGACGUCGGUGGCUGAAGUUUUCGACACGACCGAGGAGAACUACUACCGCGAGAUCCGCAACCAGCGUCGUCUGCCGCUGCGGGUCAAUCGCAUCUUUGCGGGGCCUCCAGGUACUGGCAAGAGCACGGCCAUCCGGAUGUACGCCCAGAUUCUGGUGGACUUGGGAGUGUUGAACAGCGGAGAAGUCCGUGUCAAACCGCUGUCGGCUCUCUGUGAUCUGCCGGAAGACCAACUCCGUGCGACCGUCGAGUCGACGAUCGGCAAUGUCCUCGUUGUCGACGUCGACACCGAUCGCCAGGAGCGCCCGACCGUGCCGGACACGGUCGUCGACAUCCUCGCAGCGCCGCGCGACAAUCACUGCACCAUCCUGGUCGGUACGCACGACAGCAUCAGCCAGUUCCUGCAUCGCGCGGGUCCCAAAGCCCGCGGGUUUGAGACACAUCUGGUGCGCUUCUCCGCGUUGACACGCGAGCACAUGGAAGAGCUCUUCCAAAGCAAGCUCGACGAGCAGGAUCUCGAUGCCACCCCAGAGGCCUUCCAGGCCGCCAUGGACACCCUCGACAAUGCCCGUAUGCGCAAGGACUUUGACAAUGCUCGCGCCGUCGAGCAUCUCCUCGCUGCGGCCAUCUAUCACUUUGAGCGUCGGUCGCGCACCGGCGCCAGCGCCCAGCCGGUGGAACGUCUCCUCGAGGGACGCGACUUUAACCCGGAGCUGGUGGGCGGCACGACGGCGCUGGUCUUCCGUGAAGAGCUGCGCCAUUCCAUCGUGCCGGACGACAUCAUCUCCAUCUUGAAGCGGUAUCACAACGAGAUGAAGGCCGCCUGGCUGCAGGGGCUGGAUCCGGGCGCACGCAUGCCCGCUGCAUUUGUAUUCAAGGGUGCACCAGGCACCGGUAAGAAGACCGUCGCCCGUCAGCUAGGAACUCUGUACUACAAAAUGGGCGCUCUCAGCGAUGGUGCCCUGGUGCCAUGCUCGGUCGCCGACCUACUAGCACCCAACGUCCACCCGACCUCGGCGCGGUCCCGGUCGCAACUCGACCAAAACAAGGGCAAAGUGCUCUUCAUCGAAGACGCCCAUAGACUAGCCGACACCGACACCACGCAGGCCGUGGACGAGCUAGUCUACCUGCUGCCCAAGUACGCCUCCACCAUGGUGGUGAUCCUGGCCGGACCGGCCCAGGAGAUGGACCAGUUGCUGGCCAACCGGCCACGCCUGUCUGCCCUGUUCCAGGAAGAGAUUGUCUUCCGCAACCCGACACCACGCGAAUGUCUCCGUCUGCUGGACCGCAAGCUGGAUGAGCAGCAGAUCAAGGGUCCCCGGUUGUACCUAACGGACCCGCGCGCGCCUAGCCAUCGCGAGUUCACCCGCGCCAUUCAGAUCCUGUCCAUGUUCCCUUGCUGGAGCAAUGCUCGGGAUGUGGAGGUGUUGGUGCGCUGGAUGGUUGCGGCGUGUAUCAAGGAUCUGCCGCUGGACAACAGCAGUAGUGUCAGUGCUCUGCCGGCGAUGCAGUUGUCCGAGGAGCAGGCGAUGAGUUGCAUGGUCAGGCUAUUUAAUCUGAAGCGUGAUCGCUUGAGAUUUAACCAGGAUCCUAAGGCCAGGGCCUUGCCUAGGGUGUUGUCGCAGCCUAGGUGUACGGAUCGGACCGGGGUGAAGUUCCCUGUUUGA